UGAUUUCGUAUAGCUUGAAGCCAUGCACCACGAACUCUUCUUGGCACUGCUUGGGCACACCGGCGACGUCGUCGAGCGUCGAUCUGACGGCUUCUUCGUGCGCAAAGAGGCCUCGUUCCUAUCGCAGGCCCAACACAGCGUACUGAACCGUCUGCUUCGUCUGGGCUUCGCCUUCUCCACCUUAGAUAUUUUCGCACGACAGGCGUCCAAGUUCCCGAGCGUAUAUCUCCACGCGCUAGCGCAGGCUGUGGAGCGACUACUGCACCGCUACGCCGAUGCAGUCGUUGAGCUUGAGGCAAAGACACUGCGAGCAAGCGCCGUGUUCCCCAUGUCCAACCUCAUGUUCGAAUUGGACGAGUUUAUGGAGAUCCUACCGGAAGUCUGCGGACUGGUGCACAGACUCACAAUGGAAAUGCAACAGGAGCAACAAGCGGUGUGUGUGAAAGGAGCUAAGUUACUUAGUAUCGUGUAUCAACGUACCAGCUCUGGAUUCCCCAGAGUACGCAAAUGUAUGCAAGAACUGCUAUAUUCAUGCCAUCGAGUGUUAUUCAAGCAGAUGAUGGCCUGGAUGGUGCAUGGUGAAAUAGUAGACCCGCACAAGGAGUUUUUCGUCAAGAAAGUGGAUGUACGGAGUGCUACAGACAGGAUGCAAGACUCCACUGCUGUGAUGUGGCAUCAGCAGUUUGCGAUGGACUUGGAGGCCAUACCGUUAGACUAUUUCCCGACAUCUGUGGCUGAGAGCGUGUUUGUGAUUGGUAAGGCAGUGCAUAUCUUGACACGAGCGAACCAGUUUUCUCCUCGUGAGGUGCAGGACAUCGUUAAGACGAUGUCGGAGCUGGCGCGACGGCCUGUGUUUGAUGUCGUGGCAGUAGAACACGAAGUGGAAAAAGUGCGUCGCCAUGUAGCAAGCAGACUGCAUGAAGAAGUGGUAGUGAAGUCGAAUUUUGUGGGAUAUCUUCACGUGUUGAAAGGUUUCUUCCUGCUGUCACGUGGAGAAGUGUUCCAGACGUUCAUUGAGCGCAGUUUCGACAUGAUGGUGGUAAAACCAACCACUAAAUCGGAGGAAGACGUGAACCACGGCGUCUGGCAAGAUGUUGUGCGUGAUUUAAUACCGGAAAGCGAUCCGUGGGGACGGGAUUUCGACAUGCAGCUUUCACUGCAAACAUUUGCACUCAAAAAUUUCUCAUCAAGCGAUGAUUUGCUUCUUUUCAACGUGUCACGAGGCCCCAACGGCAAAUAUUUGACCAUGACUACCGACGGACACACUCGUGUGCGAGAAGAACCUGGAGUGGAAGAAAGUGGCUCUGUAUGGUGGCGACAUGCGCAAAUGGAUGGCCACUCGUUUUCUUCCGAGUUUAAUUUGCAAUGGGAGCAAAAUGCGUUCUGGAGUGGGAGCCAUCGUGCUUCUCUUUUGCUCCGAAACGAAGGAACUUUGGGUCCUGCUACAUUAGUGAAUGGUUCGUUUGAGCUUGACGACCCCCAUGCCGUAUACGUGAGCGUGGACUUGGCGAUCGAGCAUCUUCCUGGCAAUAUGAACGGAAUGCGUGUCAUGGCUCAAGUAAAACCCUCGAGUGGAGGUGAAAACGGUAUCCAGUCUUCGCCAGUUGUGGAAGUGCCCAUGGCUGACGGCAAUAAUCCAGCGCUUCGAGUUCGUAUCCAGUACGCACGUCAGGAAGUGACCAUGACGGCGUCAAAGCAGAUCAUGUACAAGAAAAUGCUGGCCGUGGUCGUCAAUGACGUGCUCAUGGUAGAGACGCAGAUUGAUCUUCAGCAAGUUCUCAACUUACACGCAGCCAGAGGUGAAUACUGGAUGGGUCUUGGAUUUUCCUCGUUGGUUCGACUCACAGACUGGAGCUUGGACAAAUACUCAGCCAAGACCAGUUGGCGAGAAGGUAGCGGCAUCAAUCUGAAGAAGAACAAUACCGCAGUGACUCCACGUGAACUGUGGCACGCGUUGAAUUUACGUUGCAAUGUGCGUUGGCCAUUGCAAUUGCUAGUGACACCCGAGCUCCUCCGUUCAUACGGACAUUUAUUCCAGUUUUGCUUUCGAUUGAAGCGUGUAGCUCAUGCUCUUGAGUUGGCAUGGAAGAGUAGUGCACUGCGUUCGAAAGACACCACCGGAAAAGGUGACACGUCCGCUGCCGGUGCACUGCGUAUCCGGAUGAGCUUUGUGGUACGCACAUUGGAGUUGCAUUUCCAGGUGUUUGUGAUUGAAAACAAGUUCAAGAAGUGCGUAGAGCAGAUUGAGUCAGCAGGUGACUUCGAUCGUGCUAAGCGCGUACACGAGACGUUCGUUGCCAGUGUGGUUAAGAGCUGCUAUGUGUAUACGAAGACUGUGGCAUCGGCACUUGAGGAGUUGCUGGGCUGUUGCUGGCAGUUCGCUGAGUAUGUGUUGCAGUUGGACGGUGCUGAGCUCUCGGUUGACCGUAUCGCGAUGCUGGAUCAGGAAUUCCAUCGCCGAUUCGAGUUCCUCUAUAGUGUCCUACAGAUAUCCGAGGCACGAGAUCUGCUCUUCUUGCUUGAUAGCAACGGGUUCUUCGCAGCAGAGCGAGAGCGUAGAAAGCAACGAUACUAGAGGUUCUUCUGUACGAGUAAAGUAACUAUAACACGUGGAACUUGGUGGCGAUCGGUAGUUGCAGCCGCGAUAUCCAUCUACACGAUGGAUUUUCUGGGAUGAUGGUCGAGUAUAGACCACCACAUCGACGCUUAAUGAUCAUGCUGCAAUCUUUGACUCUUGUGACACAAGCUGUCACCGAGUCGGUGGCAAAAGCAUUGAAACUUGGCGCUAAAUUGCCAGCAUUGCCAGUGCCGUAUCAACUUUUACCACAUCGAAGGUGUUUGCCGUGGUGCAAAAUACUUGGCCUCCGUCCAGCGAAAGUCUCUAGUUGCACCCUGGACUGUGACAAUAGUACAUAGUAUCUACCCGAC